UCAAGCGUUUAGUUGUCCCUGUAUUGUAUAAUGUAUUUAUUAUCAUAAUUUCAGUAAAUAUGUAUUUUUCCUAAAUCUGUAAUUUCAUUUCCUACCAUUUAUCAGUCACAAAAUCUGAAGCGUGAAAUCUCUUUAAAAAUGUUUCAAAUGUAAGCUAACGCUCUGUCCUGUGAUACCAGGUAGAAUGGAACCCCUCACUCUGACCGGAAAGGUCGGGUUUGGGCUGGGUCAUGUACUCAAUGACCUCUGUGCUUCUAUGUGGUUCACCUACCUCCUUUUGUUUUAUCACAAGGUUUUGUACUUUAACAACAGUUAUGCCGGUGUUAUCUUACUAGUUGGACAGAUUGCAGAUGGCUUGAGCACAACCUUUGUUGGAUUUUUGAGUGAUAGACCUGACAAUACCUGGCUGUGUAGGAAGUACGGAAAGAGAAAAUCUUGGCAUCUGCUGGGAACCAUUUGUAUCCUUGGGAGCUUUCCUUUCAUCUUCCUACAGUGCCUGGGCUGCGGGGAAUCUGAUGAGUGGGCUCAGCUGAUUUACUAUUCUGGGUUUGCUGUAAUAUUUCAAUUUGGUUGGGCCUGUGUUCAAAUAUCCCAUCUCUCCUUAAUCCCAGGACUCUCGUCGUGUCAAAACGAUAGAACAGGACUCACAGCUAUCAGGUAUUCUAUGACUGUAGCUUCUAACAUUUGUGUUUACCUGAUUGCUAUGGCAUUCUUUGGCCUUGGAGACUCCGGAACCGAACUCUCUGAUCAGGAUGAAGACAAAUUUCGGAACUUAAUGUUGAUCGUGAUUGGUCUUGGAACAGUGGCAAGCAUUCUCUUCCAUCUGCUGGUCAAAGAGGAGGUGGAGCACAGGAUAAUAGUAACAGAGGAAACUAAAAGAAACUAUCUCUCAGCUUCAUAUUGGUUUACAGAACCACAAUUCUACAUAGUAGCAUUGUUGUAUAUGAGCACAAGAUUAUUUGUAAAUUUGUCUCAAACGUACAUUCCACUGUAUAUUCAGGAAUCUCUUGAACUACCCACCAUCUAUAUUGCUAUUAUCCCUCUUGUAAUGUACAUAUCAGGGUUCAUAACAUCAUUCCUUAUGAAGGUUUUGAACAGGAAAGCAGGUAGAAAGGUGACCUACCUCCUCGGGUCAGCACUCUGCUGUUCAGCUGCGGUUUGGGUCUUUGUCGGCGCAGGAGAAAAGCAAACUGGAACCUUCUUCCGUGACUACGGAAUCUUCUUUACCGUUGUACUGUACGGGUCUGGGGGCAGUACAAUACUUAUAACUAGUCUAGCACUCACUGCAGAACUCAUAGGAAAAAAUCAUGGUUCUUCAGCGUUUGUUUACGGUGCUAUGUCUUUCACUGACAAGGUUUCUAAUGGUCUGGUCGUCAUGUUGAUUCAGUAUUUGAUUCCGUGCCUAAAGUGCUGUCCGGAGUGCAAGUGGUUUUUCCGCGACGUUCUCUUCUACGCAACUGGUGGUUCUGCUGUUCUUGGUAUUAUAUCGCUCCUCAUUCUUUCUCCCUUCACUGUAGGAGAACGCAGGACACCACUUAUUAUUGAAGGACAAGAAAUAGGAGGAAGGAGGACAAGUUUACAGGGCGAAAGGAGGACAAGUUUACAGGGAGAAAGGAGGACAAGUUUACAGGGAGAAAGGAGGACAAGUGUACAGGGAGAAAGGAGGACACGUAACCCAGAACAAAAAAGAAGUAACACGGAAGAACCAACUGAAAGAACACCUUUGAUUUAACAAUAUCCGCAAAAAAACUCUCCUUUGAUUUUGCAAAAUCCGCCAAAAACUGAUGAAAAUUAAAAAUGGCGCCAAGGGCUAGAAUCAGCUGACAAUCGACCAAUAUUAAUUGAUUUCCGAAAAUGAUAGCUUUUGUCUUCCAUUACGUUUCAUUUCGUAUUUUAAAGCAUUAGCUUCUACCAUGUAGAAUGUUUUAUUUACAUUAUAGUUUUAAUCAGUUUUAGUUAUUUUCGAGGUUUAAACAUUUGCGAACAUUUGCCCUUUGCAAGUUUCUCAUGGUCAAAUUUAGUAUAACAGCAUUUGUUUCAAGAAAUAUUUUGUUUAAUGUGUUGUCUAAAUCUUUGAUAACGAUGACAAAAAUGUUGUAGUUUUUCUUAGAAAUGAGCCAUUCUCAACCGUUUAUUGGCACAAAGCAAAAAAGACUUGAAACGAUUAUUUUAAAAGAAAUUAUAACAAGGCCGCCAUAGGUGUAUCUCAUAAUGCUUCUGGUAACCCCAAACUACCUUGAUAGCCCCUUUAAAUUCAUAACAUAAAAGUAUACUCCAGUUCUGUGAUAAUUAUAAAACUCAUUCCGUCAUAAAGUCUAUAAUUUUUAAGUUCCAAACCGAGUUUCAUACAGUGGUCGGUUUUCAUAUCAAAACAACGAAGACGACUUUCUAUUAAAGUUUGGAUUUUUACCAAGCUUUCUUCAAAUUACAAGUUUCCACGUGCUUCUAUGUUUUAAAGCUUGGUAGAAAUAAAAAUUUAAAAUUUUAAGUCGCCUUUAUUGUAUUGAUGGAUACGACGACGAUUGAAUUCGGGCUCAAAUUCGGUUUAGUAUUUUCCUUCUGUCUUCUUCAUUUUUUUCUUCAUUAGAUUUUUUAAAUUUUUUUUAUUGUUUUAGUCACACUCACAACUCACACUCGCGGCUUAAAAUUUGGCUUUGCAAAACUUUCAAAUUUGAGCUUUUAAAUUUAAUUCGAUUUUAAAUCUACAUUCAACUAAAUGGUUUUUUGUAGGUUAUUAUAAGCGUCUCAUAAAAUCCAAACAAAAUGAUUCGUAAUAAUUUCGUUUUCGUUUACCCUCAUUUAUAUUUGCUGUAAUUCAAAUACAAUGUCACAUUCUUUCUAACCGCCAUAUAAACUUCUCUUAAGUUUUGUGACAAUAAUAUUGAAAAGUCUUGUUUCUGGAAAAGAAUUUAUUAUUUCCUAGUGUUCUUUUUAUUUUAAGAUGAUGCUUAUAUUUGUGUUGACCAAUCUACAUACAGUUAGAAACAGAAAACUGUGGAAUAGGAAGAGAACAUUAAAGUAAAUAAGUGUAUUCGAUGGUGUUACAAAGCAAGUAGUUUUAAUAAUUUAUUUAUUUUAUCACUUAAGUAAAAUGGGUCUGUUUACACUGCGCAAUUGUUGUAUCUUAAACGUUUAAUUGACUAUUUAGACAUAACUUGAGCCUAAAAUUCGUCUUCAUAUUCCUGAGUUUUCUGGUUCUCACUGCAAGUACACAAAUACUGUUGGUCACAUCGAUUUAGAAAAAAACCUUUUGUAAUUCUAAAAAAUGACAUUUUAUAGAUAAUUAGUAUUUUAUUUUACAUUUUGUUCAAUUUCUCUAAUAAAUAAAGACUUUAAAUUAUUA